AUGAAUUGGCUACUGCUCUUGGUUGUUGCUUAUCCGGCAUUUUACACGCUGCAAUGCCUCACACGUAUCUUCCGAGAAUGGCGCAAGGCGCGCGUCUCUGGAAUUCCAUACAUGAUCGUUCCCCUUCACCCAGAAAAUCUGAUAUGGAUGAUCUUCUCCCCAAUGUUCCAGAAGCAGCUCGAGCGCCAUCUGCCAACGUGGAUCUAUUCUCGCAUCUCCAUGAACAUCUACGGCUGGGAGAUGCGCUACAAGUACAAGCCAGUUGAAACGCAUGGUUCGCUGCUGCUGCUUGUCAAUUUCUACCGCACCGAGCUCACCAUUAUGGAUCCCGAUGUUGCUCACGAAGUCUUGAAGAGGCCGAAAGAUUUUCCGAAUAGUUCUACUGGCAACUUCAUCAUGGGUAAAUUUGGACCAAACCUCGUCACGUCGAGAGACGCAGAAUGGGCGCGGCAGAGGAAGUUUAUUGCCCCAAAUAUUAAUGAGAGGAUCGCCGCUGCUGUGUGGGGCGAGAGUCUGAGUCAAGCGAAGCAGAUGAUGGAACACGUUGCUGCGAACGGUGGCAAGACUAAUGACACCGCUAAUGGCAUGAAGAAGAUUGCCAUCAACGUACUGGGUGCUGCUGGCUAUGGUCAGCCACGGCCAUGGGAUGACGACAAAGCUGCUGAAUCUGCGCCUCCUGGGUACCAUCUCACGUAUAUGCAAGCUAUGAGAAGUCUUGUCGAGAAUCUGGUCGAGAUGGCAUUCUUGAGUCCGGCUGUUUUGUCAUUCCCUUUCUGGCCCAAGCACAUCAAGGACACUGGCCAUGCUGUCAAUGAGCUCAAGGACCUGACAAAGGUCCUUCUUGACAACGAACGUCAGCACCCUUCAGAGAAAGCCAACAUCAUGAAGCUCUUGAUCGAAGAUGAAGGUGCAGCCGAGAAGAAAGAAAACAUUAAAGUAGGUCUGUACGACGAAGAGAUCGUCGGCAACCUCUUCGUGUUCAGUGCCGCAGGUUUCGACACAACGGCCAACACAAUGGCGUAUGCUCUCGCUCUGCUUGCCGUGCACCCUCAAUGGCAAGACUGGCUCACAGAAGAAAUCGAUGAAGUCCUGCCUAGCGAUCUGGAUGCAGAACUCGACUACAAUGCGACGUAUCCGAAGUUGGUCCGUGUUCAGGCCCUGAUGUAUGAAACGCUCCGUCUUUUCGCGCCAAUAGUGCAUCUUGCCAAAUGCACAGAGAGACCUGUACCCGUUACAACAAGCGAAGGCAAAGAAGUCGUGAUACCCGCUGACACCACCAUCUACGUCAAUAGCUACGCCCUACACCACAACCCGAACGUCUACGAGGACCCAGAUGCGUUUGACCUUGAGCGAUGGCUUGCUUAUCCUGAUGCCGGAGAUGCAGAGAAGCCUUCCGGACGACCAUUUAUCAAGCCUGCCCCAAAGGGCUCUUUCGUACCGUGGUCGACUGGACCAAGGGGCUGUCCUGGUCAGAAGAUGAGUCAGGUGGAGUUUGUGAGCGUCUUCACGCAGAUUCUGAGACAGUACAAGAUCGAAGUCGUUCUCAAGGACGGCGAGAGCCCUGAAAUGGGGAGAAGGAGAGCAGAGGAGGUCAUGAAUGACAGCGCGCCGAAGUUGACGAUGCAGAUGAGCAGACCGAAGGACUUGAAUCUGCGCUUCGUGGCACGAAAGCGGUGA